CAUAAUUCCAUCCAAAAUGAUCAGUUUGCUUGCUCUAAAUAAGCGAUAAUUUCACAUGUUGGUUAGGUGGUUGAUAAUUUGUUAUCAAUUUUUCAUGGUCUCAUCAAAAUAAUCGAUUAUUAUGGAUGAAAACAUGGUGAAAAAUAGAUGAAAUGACUAUUUUGUUAUAUCAUGAUACGUAUAUGACCUUUUUGUUACCAUUUUGUUACUGGUCCAAACCUAUGUGGCCAUUUUGAUUAAUUACCCAUAAUAAGUGCAUGUAGUUUUCUUUUGUAGUUGAUUGUAAAGAAGUAACGAAAUGUAUAGACAACAUAAACUAAUAUUGUCAACCAGAAAAAAACUGCUUAUCAUUUUUUUCCCCCCAAUACCAAAGACUAACUAUUGUGAGUUGUGACAAAGGAUACACAGACCGACAUUGUCGCGCAUGAAUAGAGAAUGUAAAAUUUGGUGUCAGCAAAUAUUUUUGAGCAAUCACAGUUAUUAUCUUAAUUUCAUGUCGCGAUUCUACAAGUAUUUUUUGACCUGAUCUAUAGCCAAGAUGGGGUGAGAGUUUCUCCAUACUCUAUCUAUUCCACUGUUUUUCAACAUUCACCAUUUGUGAUUCAACUUCUUCUGCUAUCGUUUUGAAUAUUCCUCAUCAUAAAUGCAAAUGAGGAAGUUUGACAAGGAAGGGAGAGAGAAGAAAGAAAGAAAAAAGUUUGGCAACCAGAUUGGCAACCUAAGCUCUUAGUAAAUGCCCUGAUGAUAUCCUAUCAUAUAUCCUCCUUGCACGACAGCCACUAAUUCACAACAAGGGGAAUAGAAUUCUCUCAAUAAGCCCUUUUCCAAAAGGGGUUUUCCAAUAAAGGACAUUUGUGAAGAAAAGGGUCUCUAAUAAAGGUUUAGUGGACUUAAUUGAGUUACACUUGUCCCCCUUCAAGAUGGAUUAAGUGAAGUGUUUAGUGAAUCAGCUGACACUCUCUUUGAUCGUAAUUAGGACCUUAAUUAAUUAACUUACAUGUUCUAUUCAGGCCAGGGUUGCCUUUAUUCCUCUCAGGGACCCAAACCUUCGCUGCAGCCUGCUGCCGGGCCCCGGCCCCAGGCGACAAUGUCCGCCAGUGCUUUUGGAUGGAAUGAGAUCUCGCCGGAGAGCGAGCUUCAGAGUCUUUUUUUUUUAUUUUUAAUUUUUUUUUUAUAAAAAUGGUCGGGAUGAUUUGUCUGAGCCGUGGAUGAACUCAAAAAAAGUGAAAUAAAAUAUGUAAAAUCUUUUUUGGAGAAACAAAAAAAAAAAAAAAACUACAAGUCCCACCACCGUUAGCUUUUAACGGUCGAUACCGCGCAUCGGAGAAAACAUCCGAGACAGAGCGGAAAGAAAGAAAAGCUCAGCAGCAGAGGGCAAAAGAAAAGAGCGCGCGGUAUUAGCGAGCGUUAAAUCUAACGGCAUUUUCAUUCGCCAAGGUUUCAUAAAAAUUUAAUAAUUAAUUUAUAUUAUUAUUAUCAUCAUAAUUCAUAGGCAUACGCAGUUGGCAAUUAUUACUAUUCGGCAUUUGCCUUGAACAGCUUGCUUGCUUGCACGGCCCACUUCCAUCCAAACCUCUUUCUCUCAAACCCUCACAAGAGAGAAGAAGAAAGACAGACAGACUCCCACACAUCAUUGAAACAAGGAAGAAGAAAAAAUAAAUAUAAAGCUGAAAAACAUUAACGACCUGCAUUCUCUCCCUUCCUCAUCAUCUCAUAUCGGACCGGAGUAUCUCCCCCUUCGCUCUCUCAUCCUCCGCCGGCGAAGCCACCGGUAAGCUCAAAAACUCUAACGUCUACAUGUGGUGUUAUUCCCUUUUCCCAAUAUUUCUUAGAUUUGUGUAAACUAUUUCCUUGGGAAGAUCGACUUUCUUCGCUCGGAUCCUUCCUUUCUUCCUCUCCGUCAAUCCAAAGUUGUUUUUUUUUUUUUCAGUUUUUGGUUUUGGGUUCAAAUGGUUUCAUGACUUCCUGGAAUAGUGGCCUUUUUCCCAGAUAAAUAGAACUCCCUGGCCGGCGACCGUAUCUUCUGCAUGAUUUCUUAAACCGGCCGCCGGCCGGAUCUACAAGUAGGGUUUCACUUUCACUACUGUAGUUCAAGCUGCGUCUCUUCAUGACAACAUUUUUUUUGAAGCUAAUAAUAGUUUACAUAAAAGGAGAGAAAACAAACAAGAAUUCUGAAGCUAGGUUAGCUGGUUUAAAUACGAGGUUGGUUGUUUGGUUGGUUGGGUUUUUAUUCGGUUGAGAGACUAGACUAGAUCUCGAGCUUUCAAGGCCCCGGCAUGGCUUGACUAAUGACUAAGACCGAAACUUUUAGCUGCAUGCGCCGGCCCGCCGGCGCGUGGGAAAUAAACAUAAACAAUGCUCCUUCCUUAAUUCUCUUUUCUUUUCUAUCUAGCUUUUCUUUCUGUUGGCUUUUUUCUGUAUCUUGUUUGUUUUCAUGGGUUACCGUCUCUCUGGGUCUUCUCUUCUGUGUUCAACUGUGGCAAAGCAAAGCAAUGGAAUAUGGAUCUGUUCGUCUGAUUUGAUAUUCGCUCCUGUUCACACGACUGCUGCUACUACAAAUGUUUGAAUGCACAGUGGAGAAUAUAUGUGCUUAUUCUAUUAUAUCAACUCCCGAUUUUUUGCUUUUCCAAUUGCAUGGCCAAAGUCUAAUCUAGCCUCUGCUAUACCUUUCUUAUCAAUCAGCCUCAUAACAAGUUCAUAGAGUACUGUUUUAGACAAAAAAAAAAAAAAUGUAGCUCUCUAGCUAGCUAGAGAUGUGUUCUCCUCGAUCAAUAUUUCCUUCUCCAACUAUGAUUACACUGAUAAUGGUUCACUGCUAGCUUUUCACAGUCAAAACCCAUGGAGGAGUCAUCGUCGGUCCAAUACUAUCCUUCCUCCGGCGGCAGACGCGCCGCCGCGUUCGACACCGUCCCACCGUCCGAAUUCUUCCAUGACUCAUCCCCUCAUCAUCAAUACCAGACGUUCAACAAUAACAUGCCUCCUCCUUCCACUCUCCACAGCUACACACCUACCUUCGAUUCGACGACACCCACGAAUCACGCCUCAUCGCCAUCACUACACUACUCCAAGAAUAAUCCAUACUCGUCGUCGUCGUCCGGUCUGAUCAAUGUCGCGGCGGGGGGCUAUCAGGACCUCCCUCGUUACGGCAUUCAAGAGAGUUGCGUGAGAGGGCUUCUCGGCGGCGAGAUGGACUACGUUGGCAAUGUUGGUGGUACAAAUACAAUGUACCACAACACGUUCCACGGUGGAUACCAUAAUGUUGCAGCCACGGUGAGCCAUCACGAGGGUUUGUCUCUGUCUCUGGCCUCGAAUAACGAUGUCAAUGUGGCCGCACAUCAUUUUGGGGACGGGUACGAGCAUUACUCGAGCCCGUACUUUCAAUCGAAGGGUGGUAACGCGGUUGCGGCUAGUGAUGACGAUCGUGGGGUGAAAGUUGCUAGUGGUAGUAGAAGUUGUGACAACAAGUCCAUUGUAGUUGGAUGUGGUGGUGGUGGUGCUGGAGGAGGUGGAGGAGGUUCAGGGGCUGCUUCUUAUGUUGUUAGGACGACAACAGCGAGCACGACCGUGGGGCCUCUUGGGCCUUUCACGGGCUACGCGACGAUCUUGAAGAGCUCGAGGUUCUUGAAGCCGGCUCAGGAACUUUUGGAGGAAUGGUGUGGGGUGGCGAGCUGUAGAAUGGAGGUUGGUGAUGUUGUCAGCAGUUUGGGUUCGGGUGGUUUGUCAUCGUCUUCUACCGCGAUUUGUGGCUCGAACGAUGGUGGAGCUGGCAGUGCAGGUUCUCUGACGUACAGGCCGGAGUUCCAUGAGGUGAAAUCCAGGCUGCUUUACUUGCUUGAAGAGGUUUGCAAGAGGUACAAGCAGUACCACCAACAAAUGCAGAUGGUGGUUUCGUCGUUCGAGUCCGUGGCCGGCCUGAGCUCCUCGACGCCGUACGUCUCACUCGCCAUCAAGACCAUCACCAGGAACUUCAAGAGCAUGAAGCAUGUGAUCUCAGACCAGCUGAAGCAGCAUUCUGCAGCAACAGCAAGAUCUGUGGUGGUAGGAGGAGAAGAAGAGCUGUUCAGCUCCAGCAGUACUAGCAGCACUUCAACCAGGCUGAGGGGUUACAUGGGCCAAAGGCAGAGCUGUGGUGGUGGUGGUGGUGGGCCUAAUUAUCAUCAUGUGGGCUUCCAUGAGCCCCAACAACACGUCUGGAGGACCCAAAGAGGCCUACCUGAGAGAUCGGUGGCCAUCCUUCGAGCUUGGCUCUUUGAGCAUUUUCUUCACCCGUACCCUACUGAUGCUGAUAAGCACAUGUUAGCCACUCAGACCGGCCUAACCCGAAAUCAGGUGUCGAAUUGGUUCAUCAACGCCCGGGUUCGUGUCUGGAAGCCCAUGGUGGAGGAGAUCCACAUGCUUGAGAACAAAGGCCAAGCAGAAACCAGCCAAAGCAAGUGCAAUAAUGUCGAUCCUGUGUCGAAUUCUGCAGUAAUGGGGCCGACGUCGAGUCAAGAACAAGGACAUGGUCACCAUCAGCAGCAGCAGAAGUUUCAUAGGGAGCAAUACUGGAAGCAGGAGAAGAGGUCCAGAGUGGAUUUCCAAGUUCCAACAGCUGCAGCAGCCAUGAAUGGAAAUGGUUCGCUAAUGAACUUCCUUCCCUACCAGGGGAGUGAACAUCAGAUGGGCGGUGGGAAUGGAGCCGUGUCGCUGACUUUGGGACUGAGGCAUGAAGUUGUAGACAAUGUGGCACACCAGCAGCAGCAGCAGUUGCAGCGACACGGAGAUCAACUUAGGCGGCAGUUUGGUGGUGGUGGGAUGAUGCAUGAUUUCGUAGGCUAAUUGAUUGGUUCAUGUGUUAAUUAACUCGAUUCUAAUUUCGAUCUGGGUUAGGAGAUUGUUUGUGGGUUUUUAGUGUUUUGUGACGGACCAAAUUGGAUUAACAAAGGGGAAGUUUGUACAUAGUUUUAUUUGUGUUACCGUCGGAAUCUUUUGGCCGUAGGUAUAUUUUCGGGUUGAAUUGGUUGAAUCCCAUGUUGGUCUCCUAGCCAUUGAAGCAACGUCCGGUUGGCGCUCAAGAUGCAGGCCAAACUUUAUUAUUAGAUUCUUUUCAUUUUCCUGUUUCUCUGGUGUGAGUUUAUCUUCAUUUUUUAGAACAAGAAUUAGAAUGAUAAACAAAUUUCCAUGCUCAUCGUUGAAGAAUAUUUCGAAAGAAAAAAAUCCUUGUUUUUUUCUCCCUUUUUAUUGGAUUUGUAUGUUGAACUUAUAAUCAAUGAAGAUGGAUGAUGAUUAAAAGAUGCUUUGAUGUUUUUGGAAUAAAGUGUUUAGUUUAAGAGCUCACAUGAAUCACUAAAAAAAACGAUGUCGAUUGCACCUAAAAAUUAAAAAGUUAAUAUCUUAAUUUGUUUCGAACUUUACACAAUAAUUACUUCCAAAUCCCUUGACACCACAUCAACAUGAAAAAUAAAACAUAAAAUUUGAU